AUGGAGGACGCCGAUAACACGUCGGAAGCACCUCCCGCUUCCUUGGAACUCGAGACUCGAAGACCUCCCCUUCAAACGCAAGUCUCGACUUUGGACGCGAAAAAGAGACAAGCGGUGUACGUGAGAAGGGCCUGCAAGAAGUAUGGCUCGAAAAAUAAUCCCAACGUCAUCUUGGACGGGCUGAACAUGACCGUGCCGAAAGGCGCGAUAUACGGUCUGCUCGGUGCGAGUGGUUGCGGAAAGACCACGUUGCUUUCUUGCAUCGUGGGUCGAAAGCGUUUGAAUUCCGGCGAGAUCUGGGUGCUCGGUGGUCGACCAGGCUCCAAAGGAUCGGGUGUUCCUGGUCCACGAGUGGGUUACAUGCCGCAGGAAAUCGCGCUGUACGGCGAAUUCUCCAUAAGAGAAACGUUGAUAUAUUUCGGCUGGUGCGCCGGUAUAACUACGCAAAAAGUUGAAGAGAAGACGCACUUUCUCGUAAAGCUACCGUCGGCGAAUCGUUUCGUGAAGAAUUUGUCGGGUGGUCAGCAGAGACGAGUGUCUUUCGCCGCGGCUCUUGUCGCUGAUCCAGAGUUGAUGAUCCUGGACGAACCCACGGUCGGUGUGGAUCCUGUUUUGCGACAAAAUAUCUGGGACUAUCUCGUCGACUUGACGAGAAACGGCAACAGAACCAUCGUGAUUACCACCCACUACAUCGAAGAGACGAGACAAGCUGGUAUCAUCGGUUUGAUGAGGGGCGGUAAGUUACUGGCCGAGGAAUCGCCGACGAAAUUGAUGGAGAUGCACAACGCGGACAGCUUGGAGGAAGUAUUUUUGAAUCUCAGCAAGAAACAAAAUAUGGGUCUUCGAAGGAGAAGCAGCAUCCUCAGCAGUGUGACCGGCCUUCCCCCCGAGGAUGUGUCGGAUAUGCCACCGGAAGACGAAUCUUCCAACCGGUCGAUCGUGGUCGAUCCGAUGCACGUGAAAGCACUUUUGUGGAAAAACUUCCUGUGGAUGUGGCGAAACGUGGGCAUAAUGUUAUUCGUCAUCGGUCUACCAGUCGUUCAAAUCGUUUUAUUCUGCAUCUCCAUUGGCAAAGAUCCGGAAGGCCUGAAAAUGGCAGUGGUCAACUACGAAUUGAACGGCAACGUGAAACAUUGUGUGCCGAUGGAAGGCUGCAAUUGGACUAUGCUAAGUUGUCGAUUUUUACAACAUUUGGACAAGAGUCGCGUGCAUCUCGUAUCGUUCGACACUGAAGACGAGGCUAGAGACGCGGUCGAGAAAGGCGAUGCUUGGGGCGCCAUAACGUUUCCAUCGAAUUACACAGAUUCCUUGGAAGUAAGAAUAAACGAUGGAAAAUAUGCCGAUGAUUCGAGUAUAGAUUACUCCAACGUAGAAAUCACCAUGGAUAUGUCUAAUCAGCAAAUUGGCUACCUUCUGCUGAGAAAGAUAUACAACUCCUACGCAGCAUUUGCCGAAGAAACGUCAGAGAUUUGCAAUUACAACAAGAAAAUAGUGAAUAUACCGAUGCGCGUCUCACCGGGACGGAAAUCCUUUUUGGACAAGUUGUAACGCAAUUCACGAUAAUGACAGGCCAAACGGUGAUGGUUCUGAUAGUCUCGUUCGCAGCUUUCGAUAUCACUUGCGAGGGUAAUAUCGGUUUGGUCGGAUUACUCACCGUCCUUACCGGAUUGUGUGGAAUGUGUUUCGGAUUCGUCAUCGCGUGUUUAUGCGACAACGAGAGGACCGCUACUUAUCUCGCGUUGGGCGCUUUUCUACCUAUCGUGAUGUUGUGUGGGAUAAUUUGGCCCGUCGAAGGGAUGCACGAUCUACUGAGAUUUAUCAGUUACACGAUGCCUCUCACGAUGAGCACAGAGUCGAUGAGAGUUAUACUGGCUAGGGGAUGGUCCGUGUCCAUGUCCACGGUUUACAAUGGCUUCGUCGCUACGUUUUGCUGGAUAUGCGUCUUUAUGACUCUGUCGAUAUUGUUGAUCAAGUUUAAGAAAGGAUAA